GAUUAUUUAAAAGGUGAACAUUCAGAAAUGGAAUCAAAUUCAGACACAACUCGCGCUGUUACUUUGGCUAUUUUCAGAUAGGCCCCUAUUUUUCCUUACUCGUGCGGUGAUAACGUAUUUUGAGGAAAGUUAUUUUCGGUUUACAAACGCACAACUAGUGUCAUUGCGAGUUUAACAACGACAUAAUCAAAAUAUACAAUACGUACAGAAUGGAAACUGAGGAUAUUUUGAAUAUGAAUGAAUCGAUAAGGUCGGUUAUUUUGGACUGGCAUAGAUAUGUGGAUGGUGAAAGAAAUGUUAGUAGUAGUAGGGUUGAUGUGAUCAAUUUCCUGAAAGGGUUCGGGAGGUUCUUUUAUAUGGUGAAUCCUGCGGAAACUACUUUCGAAACUGUGGAAGAGGUGCCGAAUUAUUUUGCUGAAUCAUGGCCCUACUUCCUGAUGUUCAUAAUCCUAGAAAAUAUCGUUUUGUGGCUGCAAAAAAGGCCGACUAUAAGGUUCAACGACGGCAUCAGCAGUUUGUCGCAUGGCCUUGCCCAUGAAUGCUCCAAAAUUGUAUUCAGAGCAGUAGAAAGUUACUGCUACAUUUCGAUUUACAAUAGAUUCAGACUUGUCGAUUUAUCGUGGGACAACAGGAUGACCUGGUAUUUAGCUGCUUUGUCGAUGGAUUUUUUCUACUAUUGGGGACAUAGAGCGAGUCAUGAAGUGCAUAUUUUGUGGGCACAACAUCAAGUUCAUCACAGUUCUGAAGAUUUCAACACAACCGUUGGUCUUAGACAAUCUGUUCUUCAAGGAUUCAGCUUUAUUUUUUAUCUUCCCAUGGCUCUCGUGAUACCCCCUUCGCUUUUUAUAACGCACCAACAUUUCAACCUACUCUACCAAUUCUGGGUCCAUACAGAAGCAGUGGAAACACUUGGUCCGUUGGAAUACAUUUUCAAUACACCUCAACAUCAUAGAGUACAUCAUGGAAGCAACAUAUGGUGCUUGGAUACGAAUUACGGAGGAGUACUUAUAAUAUGGGAUAGAAUAUUCGGUACAUUCGCCAGCGACAAAAAAGACGAACAGAUAAUUUAUGGACUAGUUGUGAACAGGCCAUUCUUCGAUCCUCUAAAGAAACAGACUUUAUACACGAAUUUCGUGAUACGAAAAUUCAAGGACAUGGAUAACUGGAAGCUAAAGCUUUGUGCACUCUUUUUUGGUCCAAGCUGGCUACCUGGAGGUCCUCGACUUGGAUUGGAGAAAGAAAAAUUCAAGGUCGUCCCCAGAGAAAAGUACGAUGUUAAAAUCCCACAAUGGUGUAACCUGUACAUCCUAGUUCAUUUUUGUGUAAUACUUUAUGGGUAUCAUAAGAUUAUGUCCCUUUACCAGGAACUAUCUGCAUUGUUCAUCCUCGUAUCGGUCAUCUUGAUCUUCACAACCCUAACAUCAAUAGGGAUGCUAUUCGAUAAUCAUCCUUACGCUUGCAGCCUAGAGGUUGUACGUUGUCUGUCGCUAGUUUUGGCGAUACAAAAAGUACAAUUUCUUACAUUCGACGAGAAUUUCCUGCUGUUUAUGGAAGUACUUUUCUCGCUCUCGGGCGUGUUCUGGUUUUUGAAAACUGUGAAUGUAUUGCAACUCGUUCCUUAUGAAAAACAGGAAAAGGUUGCAUGAGCACAAGAAGACUAAUUAGCCAAAGUAUUUAUUUACCGUUGUAUUGAAUGAGAAAUGCAAGUUUUAUUGCAGUAUCUUAGCCAUGUGUAUGGGAAUUAUCUCCCUUAAACCUUGAUUCCUAGAUCGAGGAAGAGCUUGUAUUUUAGUCUUAUAGUUGUUAUUGAAUUAAUAUUUAUUUCAAUCAUACACAAUAUGGAUAAU